UGUCAAGUUAACCAAUAUGACUCGAUAAAGGAGUUACACAUGGUUUCUUAAAUUUUUGGGACUUAGAUGCUUGUCGUUUCAUUCACAUUUAAUAAUGAGUCAGAUGUAUGCUGAUGUUUUGUCAGAUACUCCACCAAACCAAGCCCCAUUGGAGUGGUCGAUCAGAAUGAAAAUCGCAUUACAUGCUGCCAAAGGUUUGGAGUAUUUACACGAAAAAGCCAACUCGCCUGUCAUCUACCGCGACUUGAAGUCUUCAAACAUUCUAAUAGAUGAGGAAUACAAUGCCAAGCUCUCUGAUUUUGGGUUAGCCAAGCUUGGGCCUAUGGGGGGCAAAAGUCAUGUAUCUACGAGAGUAAUGGGGACGUAUGGUUAUUGUGCCCCUGAAUACCAAAGAACAGGUCAGUUAACUGUCAAAUCUGAUGUUUAUACUUUUGGAGUUGUGUUGCUUGAGCUCAUCACAGGAAAGAGAGCCAUCUUUACAACCAAAUGUGGCAAUGAUCAAAUGCUGGUCAAAUGGGCUGAGCCGAUCUCCCAAGAUCCAAGUAGGCAUUCUGAAUUGGCUGAUCCGAAUCUUAAAGGGAACUUUCCAAAGAAAGGGUUAUCCCAAGCAAUUGCAGUGGCAGUAAUGUGCCUGAAUGAAGAUCCAGCCUUAAGGCCAAUGAUGAGUGAUGUGGUCACUGCUCUUAGCUAUCUUUGGGUUGAACCAGUUGAGUUGGGUUUAGAUUCUUCACCAACUCUCUGCAUACAGUAAUACCCUGGGUUGCCUUAUCCUUUAACAUAGCUUGGUGCAUCACAAGCAUUGGCUUGAUGUUUUUUCAAUCACCUUUUUCCCAUAAGAUUCUAAAUUCAUAUCCUCGGGGUAAAGUGCAAUGUAAAAACCCCGAUUCGAUAAAUUAUUGACGACAAAAGCAUAGAAGCAUACAAAAAGUUUUACAAGAUAUCCACCAUAUUGUUUGAGCGACCAACUUGUCAGUAUAACCAGGACGAGUCGUAUGUUGGAACGAGAAUGUUAACUGAACUAGUGAAUGAGGUCAUCUCAUAUUGUUCAUGAUGUUUUCUUCUUGUGAUGCUUCUUACCAG